CCCCGGCCGGCCAAUGAGCCCCACCAUGGGCAACCUGUACUCGGAGUACCUGAAUGCCAGCAAGGUCCGGGAACACUACAAUUACACCAAGGAGACGCUGGACACACAGGAGACGUCCUCCCGCCAGGUGGCCUCGGCCUUAAUCAUCAUCAUUUGCUGCGCCAUUGUGGUGGAAAACCUGCUGGUGCUCAUCGCGGUGGCCCGCAACAGCAAAUUCCACUCGGCCAUGUACCUGUUCCUGGGCAACCUGGCCGCCUCGGAUCUACUAGCAGGUGUGGCCUUUGUAGCCAAUACCUUGCUGUCGGGCCCUGUCACACUGGGGCUGACACCUGUGCAGUGGUUCGCCCGUGAGGGCUCUGCCUUUAUCACGCUCUCUGCCUCCGUCUUCAGCCUCCUGGCUAUCGCCAUUGAGCGGCACGUGGCCAUUGCCAAGGUCAAGCUCUACGGCAGUGACAAGAGCUGCCGCAUGCUGCUGCUCAUUGGGGCCUCAUGGCUCAUCUCGCUGGUUCUGGGUGGCCUGCCCAUCCUUGGUUGGAACUGCCUGGGCCACCUCGAGGCAUGCUCCACCGCUCUGCCACUCUAUGCCAAGCACUAUGUGCUCUGCGUGGUGACUAUCUUCUCUGUCAUCUUGUUGGCCAUCGUAGCUCUGUAUGUCCGCAUUUACUGCGUGGUCCGCUCAAGCCAUGCUGAUGUGGCCGGCCCACAGACACUGGCUCUGCUCAAGACAGUCACCAUCGUGUUGGGUGUCUUCAUCGUCUGCUGGCUGCCCGCCUUUAGCAUCCUCCUCCUGGACUACGCCUGUCCCAUCCGGUCCUGCCCUGUCCUCUACAAAGCCCAUUAUUUCUUUGCCUUUGCCACCCUCAACUCGCUGCUCAACCCUGUCAUCUACACGUGGCGCAGCCGAGACCUGCGGCGGGAGGUGCUAAGGCCCCUGCAGUGCUGGCGGCGGGCGGCAGGGGUGCAAGGACGGCGGGGUGGGACCCCAGGCCACCAUCUCCUGCCCCUCCGCAGCUCCAGCUCGCUGGAGAGGGGCAUGCACAUGCCCACAUCGCCCACGUUUCUGGAGGGCAACACAGUGGUCUGAUGGGCAAUGGGACCCAGGCUACAGGAGAGGGCUAUGUGGAGAGGCACCGGGUGACCUCAAGCAGAGACGAGGGGCUGCCAAGCAGGCCAAGCAAGAUGCCUCCACCCCACAGACCUGGGUGAUAUUGAAAACAUUUCACACCUGGGAGGGUCAGCUGAGGCACUGACCAGUCAGAUGACAGCACUGCAGUGGGAUCCUGGAGGCCAGUGCAGUGCCCAGUGUGACUCCUUUAGAACUAGAUCAUGGGAAGGCCUGAGGGACCUGUGAAGGGCCAGGGUGACAGUGGGUGGGCACUUAAGGAGCUCAGGGCAGGAGCAGUUUACCACCACGGUGCAGAGGAUUUCAACGUCUUCCUGUCCGACCCUCCACCCUGCACCAAACUCCCCUCCCUGAAUUUAUCCCUCCUGCCACCUUCUCUGGGCAACCUCAGGUCACUUAUUUGGACCCACUGUCUGAGGGGCUGGAGGCUUCCUCCCUCGCCCUCACAGGCCCAAAUCUACAGCUUCCCCAAAUUUCAUCAGCUGCCACUUUGAUUAUGUCUUCCCUUUCCUCUCAGUCCAUGGGAAACCACAGGGUUGGAAGUGGGGGUGGGGGGGGAUGAGCCCCAAUCCCCAUUCUCAGACCUCAUUGGUCAAUUGCACUAUUUGGGCACAGGGGAAUCACCAGGGGCUGGAAAAACUGGUUCAAGGGGCUGAGGGGGGCUUUGGGCCUCUCAGUGGGGCAGGUGGAACUUAAGAAACUUCUGGGGGAGCUCUGUUUGCACAGGACCCCACAAAAAAAACCACUCUCAAGCCAUUCCCGUUUCCACACCUUCAGCCCCAGCCAAGGUACCAAGUCUCCUAAGGCAGGGCAGCCUUGAGCCUGCUGUGCCUCCUAUAUUGAAUGGGGCAUGGGGGUGGGGUGACCAAGGACAUUUUCAGGGGAUGCCCUCUCCUCACCUGCCCCAGAGGACUUUGCUAAAUCCUGUGGAUAGAUGGAAGGGAUGUUGCGGUACAAACAUAUAUUUAUGUGUGUCUAUGUGUGUGUGUGUGUAUGUGUGUGUGCAAAUGGGAUGUCUGUGACCCCCUGCUCACCAUCACGUUUCCCCCAGAAUGGAUGCUGUUCUGUCUCCUCCUGUCUAUGUUGAAGCUGCCAAAGGGUUCAUCUCCCCACUUGAGAACUGGGCUGCAGCUCACCUUGGGGAGGGAAACUUCAUGCCUCAAAGUAAUUUCUUGUAAAUGCAAAGACUGGGGGAGGGGGUCUUUGGGGGGCUAGGAGCCAAUCAGGGGCUUGUCUCCCCUCAUAUAGCUCCCCAGAUACCCCUCAGACCUAGGCUAAUAAACGGUUCAAUUUCUCUU